UUAGUCUAUCGUGUUGUGGUAUCGUCUCGUGUAUAUUAAAAAUUCCCGCGCUCUAUUAAAAUGACAACUGGUCAAUUGUCCACGAAGAUGACAGAAUAUCCACAUCUUGGACAUGUCUUUUAUCAUUCGAUGAAAAAUAAUCCCGAUAGUAUUUGCCAGAUAGACGCGGCAACUGGUGAAGAAGAGACACGUGAGUCCGUAUUGCGACGGUCAGUGCGGUUAGCACGGGCACUGCGACACGCGGGUCUGCGGCCCGGGCACGUUGCAGCUGUCGGCGGUCACAAUCACAUAGAUUUGCAUAUACCGUUCUAUGCUGCCUUGAUGAAUGGACAUCCGAUCGUAGGAGUCGAUCCUUUGUUUAAAUUCGAUGAAAUAAAAUCAUUAUUUAAAAUAACACAACCUCGAAUAGCGUUUUGUCAACGCGAUGCGUUUGAUACUUAUAAGAAGGCGGCUGAUGAUUUAGCUCUCAAUAUGCAGAUAUUGACUUUCGAAGACGGUGAACAUUCAUUGAAACAUUUCUUAGAGACAAAUGAAGAUGGUGAGUCGGAGAGUGAAUUCAAAGUGGCAAAUUUCGACCUGGAGAAGAUAUACGUAUUCCUAACGAGCACGAGCGGUACGACGGGCACGUUAAAGGUGGCCGCGUUCAGACACCGCGUCGUCAUGGAAAAGUUCACAUCCUUCGCCGCAUUUGUUAAAGGCUCUCAAGUACAGCCAAUGAUAGGUCUGAACCUAUCACCUGUGCAAUGGAUAUCAGGCGUCUUCAAUGCUAUUAUGAUGCCCAUCAUGAACCAGACCAAAGUGCAGAGCUCUAGACCGGCUGAUGUUGACCAUGUUAUUGAUAUUAUCAAUAAAUAUAAGCCUAAUACGAUGAUGGUGGGUCCAUCCCUGAUUUUAGCGCUCACAAGACAUAAACAUGACGUAGAUCUGAGCUGCUUCAAGAGUAUCAUUGUAACAGGAGAGAAGAUAAACCCUGUAGUACUGAAUGAACUAAGGGCGUAUCUUCAAAAAACUACAAUUAUAAUAGAGGCGUACGGUAUGACAGAGACUCUCGGAGCAGUGCUGUCGCCAAACAUUUCCGGACCAACAGGAAGUUGUGGCAGACCAAUGCCUGCUUAUACUAUAAAGUUAGUUAACCCUGACACAGGAUUGGAAAUAAAAGAAUCAUUCGUUCCCGGAGAGUUAUGGGCUAAGGGACUUUGUUUUACAGAAUACCUGAAGAACCCCGAAGAGACAAGGAAAGCGUUUUCAGAUGAUGGCUUCUUAAAGACAGGUGAUCUCAUGUACAGAGAUGAUGAAGACAAUUUAUAUUUCGUUGAAAGAAUUAAGAUGCUCAUCAAAUGCCGGAAUGCUCAUAUAGUACCGACAGAGUUAGAGGAGCUGAUCAUGCAACACCCGGGUGUUCUCAACGUGUGUGUGACCGCAGUCCCACAUCCUGAGGACGGGCAGCGGCCGGCCGCGUUUGUUGUACGAGCACCUGACUCCAAUGUAACCGCAAAAGAUGUAAAGGAUUUAGUUGCCAGUAAACUGGCAAAACAUAAAGAAUUAACAGGAGGUGUAGCGUUUGUGGAUCAUCUGCCGCUGACUUCAACUGGGAAGUUAGCGCGCGGAAAUAUGAAACAAUUGAUGUUAAAUGCUGUUAGAGAAUAAUAGAGAUGGUAUUGAUUUUUCAACAUUAU